AGAUCAAGGCACAUACUCCUGAAGCACAGCUGAUGGGUGUGGGUGGGUCCACUCUGUGCCCACCCUUCCUGUUGGGGUGGAGCAGGGAGGGCCAGCUUGAAGAUCACUCACUGCAGACCUCCAGCUUGCUCACUUUCAGCGUUCGUCAGUGUCGGAGACACUCCAGCGUCAGGGAAGAUGCUGUCAUUAGCUCAAAUGGCCUUGAUGGGGGUGCUGCUUCUGUCCUCCACCAGAGAGACUCUGAUGGAGGAAACCAAAAUAGUGGAACUGACAAAGAAAGUGGAGCACCUGGAGUCGGAGCUGGAGGGGAUGAAAAAGCAGCUCAGCGGUCAGAUUGACAGCGCAUACUACAACAACCUCCACCAGAAUGCAGCAGGCUCCACCUGCAGCUCAGCUGCCCCGCCUGUCUACUUCUUCUUCUCCUACCCCAAACCCGUGACCGGCGCCGUGGACGUCAUCAAGUUCAGCCACGAGUUCGUGAACAUCGGCAACGCCUACAACAGCGUGACCGGCAUCUUCGCCUGCCCCGUCACGGGCGUCUACCAGCUCUUCUUCUCCACCAACUUCGGCCGCAGGGAGGCCACGAACCUGUGGCUGGUGAAGGACGGGCAGAAGGUGCUGAUCAGCCACAUGGACCUGCCGGCCAACACCACGGGCAACCUGGUCAUGGCCCUGCUGGAGCUGCGCAAGGGCAGCCACGUCUGGGUGACACAGGAAGUCGGACACUCCUGGUCAGACGUUCCCUACCACACCAUAUACUUCGGGGGAUACCUGCUGCAUGCCCUGCCGGAGAAAGCGAAUGCCUGAGGGGCCACCAUUCGGAGGGGCUGGGGGCUGUGGUAGUGGGUCUCAGAAUCUGAAACGGAGCUGCACUCCCUGGCCAGAAUCACACAGCAGAUGUGGCCGAGCCGAGGUCUGUCCCAUCGCCUUUCCCCAUCUCGGGACAAACCUCGGACCUCUGUUGUCCGAUUGGGAAACAGCAGAACUAGGCAGCGCCUUGUGCAGUUCAGUCCCGUUUUCCAUCCCUCUCAUCGCAAGCCCAGCUCUUGUUGAUCCUGGAGGAGGACGGGGUUGGCACUGCUCUUGCUUUGUGCACAAAUCAUCAUCAUGCAAUGGGGGUUCCUAAUAUUCUGGCCAGUGAGUGCACCUAGAUACACUGUAAGGUGGCGAUCUUCAUCUUUGUUGGUACAAUCAGGGUCUCUUUGUUUCUUUGCCAUUUAAUUAACCGGAACUUACGUAAAUAUAUCACAUGGUAAUCUACUAAGCAAAUAAAAAAUAACAGCAGCAAAGAGUGUUGUGUUUGACUAUG